CCCUCUCUCACUCCCCCCCCCCCCCCUGUCUCUCUCCCUCUCUCUCCCUCUCUCUCUCUCUCUCUCUCUGACUGAUGUCGGGGGCAGACCUGCUGUCCCGUGUGAGCUCCAUGUUCCACAGAGAGAGAACAGACUGGGAGCUCAGUGACUCUGCCGCCUUUGACUUCUCUGAGGACUUGGUGGAGGACGAGAUGCCCAGGUUUAAUAAGUUGAAGGUGGUCGUGUCGGCCGAGAUGGACGAGUACACCGGGUCGUCUCCGAACGGAGCUGCUGUCAGCACCUUCAUCAGAAGUGGAGAGGAUGAUGACGACGACUCGCUGCUCGGCUCCACCUCCGGGCUGGGGGCGGAGCCGUGCAAUAACUGUGCUACGAGGAAGGAGGACGUCAAGCGGCGCAAAGUGAUGAAGAAGCUGGUGAUGGCAGCUGUGCUGUACUUCCUGUUCAUGAUCGGAGAACUCGUAGGUGGCUACAUGGCGAACAGUUUAGCCAUCAUGACUGAUGCAUUACACAUGCUGACUGAUCUGGUGGGGAUCGUGGUGUCUUUACUGGCUCUGUGGCUCUCAGCCAAACCACCAACACACACUUUCAACUUUGGCCUGCACAGACUGGAGGUGAUGUCUGCAGGAAUCAGUGUGUUGUUGAUCUACAUCCUGACUGGAGUGCUGCUGAAUGAAGCGGUACAGAGAACAAUCCAUCCAGAUUUCACUAUUGAUGGAGACAUCAUGCUCAUCACGGCUGCCGUGGGCGUGGCAGUCAACCUCAUAAUGGGGUUUCUCCUCAACCAGUCAGGUCACCUCCACUCCCACUCCCACUCUCAUUCUCACUCCCACUCGCAGAGGCGGGGCCAUGGACAGGGGCAGAGUCAGCACUCUCACGGCAGCUUAGCGGUGCGAGCUGCAUUUAUUCACGCACUGGGGGACCUGGUACAGAGUGUCGGCGUUCUGAUCGCCGCAUAUAUCGUCAGGUUUAAGCCGGAGUAUAAGCUGGCUGAUCCUGUGUGUACUUACAUAUUUUCCGUGUUGGUACUUUUCACCACGCUGCACAUCAUCAGAGACACUGGCCUCAUCCUGCUCGAGGGUGUUCCCAGACACCUGAAAACGAGCGUGAUGAGGGAAGAUUUGUUAAAGCUGGAUGGUGUGGAGUCGGUGGAGGAUCUGAAGGUCUGGGCUUUAACCGCUGAUCGUACUGUGGCUCUUGCACACCUUCAGCUUGCACCAGGAAGCAGGGGUAACUGGGAAGAAGUGCAAUCUAAAGCUCGUCACCUGCUGAUGAUGUCACACGGCGUGUCACACUGCACAGUGCAGAUGGAGAGCCACACACAGCGAGGCACGCACUCCUGCUCUAACUGUGUGUUAACCAGUGCCUAAUUUCUCACACACACACACACACACACACACACCACACAGUCGCUCUCCUUCUUCAUAAACAGGUUGCUAUGCAACAGCGAAAUGCGCCAAAGCCGGUACAAGUGUGUUUUUAGUGAUUCAAUCGGGAGCUUUUUCAUUCAUGACUCAUGAUUCAUUUUAUUUUAUUUUCACCUUUUUCUCACACACACACACACACACACACACACACACACACACACACACAAUCAGUAAAUGGUAAAUAAACCCACUGUUAGCUUGAACAUUGACAUUUUUAUUUACAUUUAAUUCGUAAAAACACUCCAUGUUUUCUUCAGUCGUAGGUUCAGUCUGGAUUAAUUGAACCUGAGUCAGUAUUGAAUCCUGGAUGAAAUGAUCCCGAGUCCUGUGUUAGGUCUUAAGCAGUACAUCAUAUCAGCUGGACUCUGUCAGGACCCGUCACUGAUCUCAACACAACUCAGUUAAACAUUUGUUAUUUCAUUUGAAUGUCUUUGUUUAACUCAGAUAUUUGUGCAUCAGCUCCAUGAUCUAACUGAUUUGGGCUGAUCAGAAACACAGCACAGAUUUUCUUUACUCUUGAUACUCAGUACGAUCAUUUGUUAGCUGAAUAUUAAGUUAUCAGACAAGAUGGAAAAACUCUGUGAUCCCAAAGUGCAAUAAAAUUCCUGAAUUCCAUCUUAAACCUUUAGUUCCUUCUUGCUCUCAGAUGAUGCACUGAAUCAGACCUUAACAUUCUGUCACCUGAACAGUUUAGUUGGAAUGUUACAGAAGUGUUUCAGAGCCCAGAUGAUUGACAGGAUGCAGUGUGCCUUUAUCCAUCCUGUUCACCUUGUGGUAUAAACAUCUGGAAAUCACUUUAUUUUUAAUUCUUUUCUGUUUUAUUUUUUCCACAAAAAGAAAUGUUUUUGUGAUUCUUGUAUUUGUGACAAAAACACAAUCUAUGCCUGUAACUGUUGUUGAUUUGAUUUGUUUUUGUUGUUUUUUUUAAUUCAGUUUGAUUAUUUUUUUUUACAUAAUUUGUCGUCGUCUGAUGUUUUGCACAUUCCAGUAUAAUGAGUAGUAAUUAAUCCUUUUUGUUUGCAGUAUUUAUGUUACACUAAAACUGUGUGAGAGAAUCAUAUCCUUCAGUAAAAUAAACCUGUUUUCAAGUCCUGCACAAGAAA